CCGGAUGUUGAACUCACAUGUUACUUUUUACAGAAGCAAGAUAAUUUUUCUAGAUUUGCUGGAGAAAUCUUAACGUUUACUCACAUGUUUGUUAUUUAAAAAGUAAAGUGCAUAUCAACAUGUCGGCAUCAAUGAUUCGGAGGGGACUGGAGUUGCUAAGCGAUGACAUAAAAGCGGUGUCAGAUGGUAGCAAGAAGCAGAAGAGCGCGGCCAAGAAGAAGCACACACCGAGCAAGGCUGAGGUGAUGGGUCUGGUGAGCACCAACCGUCAGGGCGUCAGCAGGCAGGUCCGGCGGCUGCAGGGGCGUCUCGGUCCAGGGAAGAGCAAAGCCACCGUCAAAGACAAGAGGAUCAAGUCUGCCGUGGAGGAGUUCAGGAAGAAGCAGGGGAAGAGCCAUCUGAGCGCCAACCUGCUGUACUUCCUGGGGACGGGCUUCAGAGCUACAGACUCCGACACUAUGAAGAUCGUCAACCAGAAUUUGGGCCGGCAGUCUCGCCACCGUCCGGACCGCACAGUCAAGAAAGCCUCCAAGGAGAAGUCUGUGUUCACAGAGGAUGAGUUCCAACAGUUCCAGAAGGAAUACUUUGGCAGAACUGUGGAGCAGGGGAACUAGACAGAUUCUAGUUCCAGAGACUUAAGGCUGCGUUCCAGUUCCAGAGGUGUGUGCUUCACACUCCUUGCCAUGGAUUGCUAAUUUCACCAUUGUUAAAGGUCCAAUGCAGCUGUAUUUCAAUAUCGACUAAUUUAUGGGUAACAAUUAAGUGUCUUACUGUGAUUGUUUAUUUUUGACCAUGUUAUUUAAAAACAAAAAUACCUUCUUAGCAAAGAGCAAUUUCUCAAACAAGUAUCUUCCCAUGACUGUCUGGGAGUGGUCUGAGUGGGGAGGGAGAACACUAUCUGGUAUUGGCAGAGAGGUUGGAACUCCCUUAUUUACCUCCUGGUGAUAUCACCAGGCAGGCCAAAACUCCAUCUCACCAAAACAGGCUGACAUUUUAGGCAGUCUUUUCAAACAGCUUACUCUAAGAGGGCAUUUUCACAGUAUUAUUCCAACCUCCUAGGAGAGGGGGGGAGAAAAAAACAGUAAAAUCACAUUUUGGACUGCACUGGGCCUUUUAAUUCCAUGGGAGAAUGUGUGUUCAGUUCCAGAGCCAAUGAGGACUUGGUAAAGAGAUCAGACACUUGACUGACUUUAGUUUUUGUCCAAAGUACUUCACUUUGGACCUGGAAUGUGGUACUGCACAACAUGGACAACAAGUGACUGUUAAGUGGCCUUGAGGCUCAUUCCAAACUUGUUCUAUUCAUGCAGCAGAAAAUAGUCAACUUUCAGAGAAACAAAAGUAUUGUUUAAAACGUCAUUUUCUAUUUGUCUUCAAAUCGAUUUUCAGAGAAUUUCUUGUUUCCUUGUGUUAAAAAGAUGAAAUCACAAUGAACUAGAGUAUGCUGUUUUAUUAAGUACAUUUUCAGAAAAUAAAUGCCUUGUCCCUUUGAUUUGUAAACAAUGAAUAAAAGUAUGUAGAACACUGUCAUGAAGCCUACACAAACUGAAGCAGCAGUAGGGGGUGUGACGGUCAUAAAAAUUGUGUUAGCCGUUAACUGUCAUGCAAAUCAUUGCACUGUUAUUUACCAUUAACAUAAACAUGUUUUGUAUCUCUGGG